AACAUAUAUUUCAAAAUGGCAUUAUUCCAUCGUACCUACACAAGAGCAAUUACUUUGAUUUCAAGAAAUAAUAAAUCCUACUCAACAUCAUCAGACCAAAACAUUAAAAAAUCUGUGUUCAUAUCACAAUCUAAGGAUAUUUAUACAAAUUUAGCAUUAGAAGAUUGGCUGUAUCGCAAUUCUGAUUUCAAAAAUCACCAUGUCUUAAUGUUGUGGCAAAAUGAUCCUUGUGUAGUUAUUGGCAGACAUCAAAAUCCUUGGCUCGAAGCAAAUGUCAAUGAAUUGCCAUAUAUUGGAGAACAAGGAGUUCAACUUGCUAGAAGAAAUAGUGGAGGAGGCACUGUGUACCACGAUAAUGGAAAUUUAAAUCUUACAUUCUUUACACCGAGAAAUCAGUAUAAUAGAAAAUACAAUCUGGAAGUUAUUAGUAGAAGUCUUUUCAGAAAUUACAACAUGAAAGUAGAUAUUUCCCCCAGAGAAGAUUUAACGAUAAGGAAUUUAAAACAGAUAUCUGGAACUGCUGCAAAAUUAGGAAGAACUAAUGCAUACCACCAUUGUACACUUCUAGUAAAUGUUAAUAAAGUGGAUCUGAGCAUGGCUUUACAAAAACCUGAAGCUGAGAUCAAAACUAAUGCUACACAGUCAGUGAGAUCAAAAAUCAUGAAUGUAUGUGAAGACAAUCCCAUCGUUGAUGUAAAAAAUCUUAUGACAUUCAUAGGAUGGGAAUACAUGAGGAUGCAUCCACUUAAACUUAUUGAUGGGGGCAUGGAGCUAGCUAAUAAACAAAAUGGCUUCCAGCUGGUCAAUCCUACAGAAGGAUGGUUCCCAGGUUUGAAUGAAAUUAAGGAAGAGCUUCUCAGUUGGAAUUGGCAAUAUGGAAAAACUCCAAAAUUCAACAUUACUAAAUCUUUCAAGGUUCCUGAUACACUAGUUGAAAGCUAUGGUAUUAAUGAGGAUCUAAAGGUUAAUAUGGUUGUAGAGUAUGGAAAAAUUAGUGAUAUUAGCCUUUAUGUACCGCCAGGUCUAUCCUCUCAAGGUUUAUCAGGAAAUGCUAACGUUAUUACUAGCCUCAUAGGCCACACAUUCUCAGAAGAUGCAGUGCAUGACCUUGAAAUGAUGAUUAGUGGAUUGAUCAAUGAAAAACUAAGAUUUGGCUCAGAACAUUUAAAACAAGUGAUGAAUUCUUUCUGAUCUAAUCAGAAUACAUAGGUGGAAAUAAAUACCAGUUAUUUAUACAACAUUCAAAAGGAUCACAUUUUUUAAAAUUUGUAUUUUUAAUAUAAUUUAAGUUGUCAACGAAAAAUAACAUAGAAAUAGUGCAUAGAACGUGGCAUACUGUAAUUGAGAGAAAUUGAAUGGAUACGAAUAUGGACUGGUACAUUUUCCACUAAAAACUUCACCUCAACAGACAUUUUAGUUAAUAGUGACUUUUAAAGUAAUUUGUGUGAUUAACUACCAAAGUUAAAAUGCUUAAUGUUUAAGCUUUACCUUAAGAUUCUGUAUGUAUUUUAUGAACCGUUUCAAUAUAUUGCUGUUAACAUUUUCAGAUUUUUAUAUAGUUUAAUAUUUAGACAAUUUAGUUUUAGAAAAUGCUCCGUACUACCGGUGAACAAGAAUUGAUCAUAUCAUUUAUAUUAAUAUAAUUAUUUUUAGUAUACUUUAUAUUUACUCUUGUGUUGACUGUGUGAAUAUGCAAAUAAGUUUCAGACACUUUAUUUUGUGUUUAUUUUUGUGUAAGACUGGCUAGAACUAUAUUUAGUGCUUAUUUUUAAUUUCAUUUUUUUCAUUUAUAAAAUUUUACUUUUAAAAAUUUCUUGUAUUGAUUUGGAGCUGUUGUGCCUUAACUAAAAGUAUGGCAAUAUUGUAGAAUUAAUUAAAAACAAAUAAAAAUAUUCAU